AUGGCAGUGUUAGCUCAAAAAAGUGUUGCAUCAUUGAUGCGAAAGACUCUAGACAGGCAGGCGGCUAAUGCGCGUAUGAAAUUUGUUCUAAAACCAAAACAAGUUGAACAAAUCCUCACUAGCUAUGUUCGGGAUAGGAAUUCGGGUCCUUAUUUCGAAUUAUUAAAAGUGUUAAAGGAUUUUCCUUUAAAUGACGAUAAUUUUAGAAAGCUAAUAGACGAUAGCUUAAAUUGUGUAGUGUUAUUAGAAAAAGAAAUGAAACCCUAUGUGGAAGCCAUGUGUAACAUACAAUGGAUAAACCGUAAUCAAGAUUUAGUAGACCUCUACAAGAGAUUUUUGUUAAAUUUGGUUACGGCACAUACUUAUCAUUGCCCUAGAAUUCUAAGUAAUUUAAUAAAACUAUUCAGAACGGAUGGUGACAACUGGGAUGAUAGACCGCCACAAGAAAUGCUCAUGUCUUGGUCGAAUGUACAUAGCACAAUUGCUGAAAUUGUAGCUCUCAUGCCUUUAACUAGUGAUCUUGUUUUGCAAGCAAUAGUGGACCAGUUCCCGUAUUACAAAGCUGGAUGUGUUGUGAAUAGGACCUACAUCCACAAUUUAAUAUGGAUUACUAAAUACAUACCUUCGUUAAGAGAACCUAUAAUGACGGCUAUAGUUAAUAGAAUGGUUGACAUGGAUGCCAAUCUAGUAGAACAAGAGAAAAACAAACUGGACACCAUGUUUGAGAUGGAGGUAGAUGCGAAGGACGACAUCCGGGAUACGCUAGACUACUGUAUGUUAGAGAUGCUGCGGUGGCUUGAGGAUGAGAGAGAUCCGGCUUUGAAUUCCUUGUGCAAUGUCUUUGAAAGAGUCCUCCUUCCUACUCAUGGUAUCAGGCAUGUCCAGUUCCUACUGUUAUACACAAUUUCGAUAAGUCAACAAUGUGCUGACCGUGUGUUCACCAACUUAUGGUCGGUGGCCGCUGGGCUACACGACAUGAGGCCUGGUGCUGUGGCCACAAGGAGAACUGCUGCCAGCCACUUGGCAGGGCUCCUGGCGAGAUGUGUGCGUGUGCCAAACUCGAGACUCAUCCACUACCUACGACUCAUGUCGGAGUGGUGUCAUUCGUAUAUCGCAGCAAGUCAAGACACAGUGAAUGACAAUAACAAAGUGCAUGGUGCGUUCUACGCUAUAUGCCAUGCCAUAUUCUACUUAGUUGCGUUUAAGAAUCACCACCUGUUUAUGAGCAAAGAAAGUUUAAAUUUCGUCGAGUCUCUAAACCUGCCUCGACUGGUGACAUGUUCUUUGAAUCCCCUCCGCACCUGUCCACCUCAGGUCACACAGGCCUUCUCGUCCGUGACUCGGUCACACCAAGUGGUCUACUGCCAGGCCAUCAUUGAGAAAAACAUGCGACUGUCUCUACACAACCAACUGCCGUAUGACGAGUGGUUCCCGUAUGAUCCGUAUACUUUGCCAAUCUCCGGCAAAAUAAUUUGGCCGCUAUGCAUGGAGUACAAAGACUUGUUGAAAGAAGGUGAUGAUGAGACCCAAUACUCCAGCCUCAAGAGGAAAUUGGACGCAGAAGAUGAUGAUUAUUUAAUGGCCAGCCCCAAUACGAAGCUAGCCAGUUCACUAACAAAUUAUACCUCCCCGGGUUUCAAGACCAGUGAAUCCAUUAUUAUGUAAGAUUUAUGUGCUAAAGGUUGAAUUUUGUAUGAUCAGAAAAAGUCAUAGGCAGAAUAUAAUGGGCCUACGUUAUUUAGUUGCGUUAUGUGAAUAUAAUGUGAUCUGACUGGGUUUGACAUAACACGACCAAAUUUUUUAGGUCCGCCAUCUGCCUAGGAAUCAACUUCUCUUAGUAACAUAGACAUCGCUACUUGUCGCUCAUGAGUAUAUUGCAAUUGUGUAGCAAAGUUUUGUGAACAGAGGCCCGAGUGUUAGUUUUUGUUUGACAUUCGGUCAUGAACGCGUUUGGCGUUUACUAAGAUUUUGUAUGGGAUUUGUACAGCGCCACCUAACGGUGCUCACGGGAGUGAGCCCAGCUCCCAUACAAAAUCUUAGUAAACGCCAAACGCGUUCACAUGCUAAUGUCAAACAAAAAACUCACACUCGACACAUACUGUAUAGCAAUAUAUACAUAUUCACUUGUAUAUUUAUUACUCUAUGCUUGCAAUGGAAAGAGAAGUAGCGAUUAUAUUCGAAAUUAUAUGUGAUUAGCGACCACAGAAUUUAAUGGAAAUACACUAGAUUUUCUACUGGACCAUAAGCCUCGAUCCACAUUUAAAAACGACGAAGCACUCAGUUUGAAUAACGACUAACGAGCUGGUACUGUAAUGUUAUGCUAAGUACUCACAUACGAUUUUGCU